GAAAUGAAGUGGAGUGUAACCGUGCAGGCGUUCACUGAUAUUGGUCUAUGAUCAAGUGACGUUUCCACAAAAUCCUUAGAUGAAGUUUACCAAAGUUUGAUGCUGCAAAUAUCAAGUGAAAUACAACUGACUGCAUCAAACAGAAUUCAAGAUUCACUGAACCAUUUCCGGUAAAGAAGUCACACCUCGUUACAGUUACAUUCUCUGACUGUUGCAUAUUUCUGUUUGAAAAAAAAGAAGCCAUGGAUAAGGACAGUAUAUCGGGAUCAGGAAUGUAUGGAUGGCAUAGGCUUAUGAAGACUGCAUUUGGUUGGUCAUCCACAGUUGACUUUUUACCUGCCAUUCCAGCGGCCAUUGCCCUGUACUUAUCGCUGUACUUCUUUGGCCUGGUGUUGUAUCAUUGUACCAAACUUAUUGUACCCAAAUCCAUUCGCGGUUAUGUUCACGAUUUCAUUAAGACCUUGAUUAUCGUGGCAUACCCGUUUGGUCAUGGAAUCCUGAGAAAAUACCACGGAGAGGUGGGGUACAUGUGCGGAAUGGUACCAGUUUUAUUUAUAACAACCUCAACUCUGAAAGAAGGGGACGGAAAUCCGAUAGCAGUUUGGCUGCAGUAUUUUAGGAGAACGAUACCCCUGUGGAAAUGCCUGCUGAAGAACUUCAUACAGAUCGUGGCAGGGAUUUCUGCCUAUCACCUUGGAAUGUACAUACUGGGCCUUGAGCUGCACCCAGCCUACGUGGAGCGACUGAAGAGCUAUUACAACCAGUUCUGUGACACUGAUCUACACGUGACCGAGUAUGCAGGGUUCCUGAUCGAGUGCGUGGCAGUUGUGUACGACAGCUGGUUCUGGGCGCAGACUUUCACAAGGAGUCCAGCGCUCGAUCGAUUACUGAAGAUCAUCAAUGGAGGCCUCCUGGUUGUCGCAGGUGUUCACUUGACUGGCAUGUACCUGCACCCUGCCAUGGCCUCUGGACACACAUGGGGAUGUGGUGAUACCUCCAAACUCACCCACGUGGCCAUCUAUUGGGUAGGCCCCAUGAUUGGUACAUGGAUCAGCAUCCAGAUUCAGAAAAAGAUAUCCAUUGGAAAACCUGUCACUGAAACUCCAAGAUCAAGGACACAAAAUGAGGGCAAAAGGUCAAAAAAUGAGACAAAAAAGUCCCAGAAUGGGAAUACUCAAGGUCAAGGACAGAAACAGGCCAAUGGAACGCCAAGACGCAGACAAUACUAUUAAUAAAGGUGUCAUAUAUUUACAGUUAUUUUAAUAAUAAUGUUUUGAGUAUUUGUUUCAUCUACAAGAUUUCAUUUUAGACAUAUUAUAAUGCAGGUUCAAUAGUAUUUUCCAAAUUUAAAGAGUCAACAUUGUGUUAACAGCUGAUUGAGACCUUCUUUUUUUAUUAAUAUUUAUUAAUAUUUUAAGUCUGAAAACACUUGAAUGAGGCCAGGGCAUUUUCUAACUUUCAUGCUCAUGUUUGAAAAAAUAUGGCUAUAUUAUAAUAACGCAUGAGUGGGCAGAUUAUUGGAAGAUAAUCUUCAUACGCAAUUCAUAUAAUUUUUUAUUUGUAAAUAGCUCUGCUUUUUCAAUAGCUUAUGUCACAGGUCACAGAUUGAGGUAAAUAAAUCGAUUGUCCAGAGCAUAAUAAUGUCCAGCGUUAAUAAGUAAGUGGCAAGAGUUAUACUCAUGAUGUCACAAGGUGCCAGAAGCAUGUUCCAAGUAACAAUUCAAGGUCAAUUAUAAGACAUCAUUUGUGAAUGGCAAAAGCUUCCCUCAAAAAACACUUCAAAGGUGUAACUUUGCGACAAUUAUACCCUUGUAAAUAAAAACAUUUAAUGGUAAAAUUAUUUUUUCUAACUAAAAUAAAUUCGACUUGUAUUAUAAAUUUAACCAAAUGUGAUGAGUUAACUUGUGAUAAUUUUUAUCCACCACAAUAAAUGUUUUUAAUGUAAAAUAUUAUGGAAAAGUAUAUAUGAGUUUUUUUUUAUCAAAAACACCUUCAUUUAAUUUUUCUAAAUGUUUUAACAAUAUUAGCUCACCUUUUACCAUUUAUGUUGUAAUGUGUUAUGUAACAGACUUGCAACCAUGGUUAGUUUAAUGAUACCUGAAUUAAAUCGCUAUGUUUGCAGUUAAAUUGAAUAGCCAGCUGUCAAUCAAAUAAUUGGAUCAACCAAGACCAAGUAGAUACGGUUUAUCUCUGCCAUGUGGUCAGAAAAAAGAUUGUUGUAGUAACAGAAUAAGUGUUCCAUUAUAAGAAAAAUAAGUGGGCAGAGCAAUCACUUAUUUGGUGCCUGGCGAAUUGAUAAUCUGUUAAGCAUUUUUUUUUCAUGAAAUAUUUUUUAACACACUAUAAUGUGAAGUUGGAAUAAGAUAUCAAUCUUAGAAUAAACGGUGUUAUAAUUGUACAUAUUUAUUCCAUCAUUCAUCAUGAAUUUUAUCAGCUACCACAAGUUUUAAUCAAAACAUUAUUAUUCAUUUUGUUAUCACAGAAAACAAAAAAUAUGUUUUCAUUUCAGCAUGAUUAUAGAUUGUGGUUUGUGUGUUUCUGAUUAAGAUACAGCAUGGACUAUUAUAUUUACGCACUGUCCUUUGGUAUUAAUAUUUUAUAGUUCAGAUUAGAUUUUAUUCUGAAGUGAAGUUUAAGCACUGGAAACCAGUAUGUAUGUUGUGGUUCAAAUACCUACUAUAUGCGUACUUAUGCAUAAGACUUAUUACAAAAAUAACAUACACAAGGGACGUGUAUGUGUAUUGAAUUGCUUCAAUCUUUAUUUCCUAAGGGUCCAAUAUUUAUUGUUGUUACGCUCCCCCAAAAUUUAUUUUGGGGGGAGCAUAUAGUUGCCGCUUCGUCUGUCUGUGUGUGCGUCUGUCUGUCCGUCCGUCCGUGCACAAUUUUUGUCCGGGCUAUUUAUGAGCAACUAAUGACCGGAAUUCAAUGAAACUUUAUGGGAAACUUCACUACCAAGAGGAGAUGUGCAUAUUAUCAGCGGGUUCUGGUCGAAUGAUUUUUCACAGAGUAAUGGCCCUUUGAAAUUUUCUAUAAAAAAAUUCUUGUCCCCCCAACUACUGUGCCCUCAAGACGUUUCCUUUUAUCUGAAUAUAGAGUGCAAUAUUGUGACAAAAAAAAACUUUGGGGAGCAUCACCUGUCUCUGACGGUUCUUGUUUAAUCUUUUUCUGUUGUUUUUUUGUUUUCUUGCAGAGGAUUGUGUUUGUAAAAUGUACCCCAUGUUCCAGUGAAGUGGGAUCAUGAACUUAACCUAAACUUUUGGAGGUUUUGCAAUAUGUACAUUUAUUGAUCUAAAUGUUAAAUAAAAGUAUUAGUUUAUAUAUAUUUUACCUGCAUUUAUAACUAAGUGAAUUGUAAUGUUGACAUAAUGUGUUUUUUAUGUUGAUUAUAUUGAAACUUA